UUGUACUAUUUGAUCUUUAUUUUUUCAAAUGCAGAAAGCGUAUUUUGUAAAUAUUAAAACAAAAAAUUAAACGUAUAUAUCGACAUUUUAACAAAUGACCCUAGUUCUCUAACGAGGUCAUCGUCCUGGAAACAGCAGUGAAGCGAAACCGCACGAAAAUAUUUGCUUCAUUCUUGUUGCAACUCAAAGUUGUAAAAAAGUUCUGAAGUUUUCUUGUUGUUCUAUAUGAUGUAAAUGCGGUAGGUUCAGGACAAAAUGGAAAGUAAUCAAGAGAAGAAGCAGAGUACGAAGCAAACUUCUCCUAGAAUUUCUAGCACUGUACUACUGGACUUUUCUUUCAAGACACUUUUGUGUGUUGGAGAUAUGGUUGAUGAAGUAAAGAAGGGUGAAAUCACUGGUUUAAAACGAUCAGAAGAAAGUGGAAAACUUCUUUGCACUGCAUUGCGACUUAAUAAUAACAACAUCGGUGAUUUGCAAGAUUUAGGAGAAACAUUGGAAGCAUUAUUUGAUAAUCCUGAUACAAUUGAAUGGAUUGAUCUUUCCUUCAAUGAUUUGAGUUGUAUCACUGGUCUUCUUGAUAAAUUAAAGAAUUUAAAGCGAAUUUAUCUUCAUGGAAACACUAUUGAUAAGAUUCAAGAAGUCAAUAAACUUGCUGUUUUACCUGAUUUGAAGAGUUUGACACUUCAUGGGAAUCCAAUAGAAUCUGAGAAAGGAUACAGACAAUUUGUUCUCUCUACACUGCCAAGCUUGAAGACACUGGAUUUUAGCGGAGUUACAAAACAAGAUCGUUCCACGGCAGAAACUUGGAAAAGAAUGUAUGGAGGACUGAAACGCAACAGGAGAACGAAAUCAAUAGCAUGAAAACAUUCAGUUUUUCUUAUUUUUUAAGAAAGUAAUUUGUAUAUUGUAGAAUUCUAUAUUUGAUCAAGUGCAUUUAAGCAUCAAGUGCGUUUAAAUUGAUAUUUUCUAACACUACGAAGCUACAAAUCAAUUUUCACACAAUACAAGUGCAUUGCACUCUUUCUUGCUUUAGUAUGUUAAAUCAUAGCUAGCUUUUUUCGUUCAGCGUAUAUUAUUUUGAAAUGUUGAGCUUUUCUCAUCCCUCCCUUUUCAGCAAAUCACAUUACAUUUACCCUAUGUGAAAUUAACCAACUUGCGUUUUAAAUCAUAUUCAUCCAUAAAAUAAAAACAUUCAGAAUUUCAGCACUUUACAUAUUUAAUAUUCUGGUUCAGUAGAUAUAAUUUCUUUAUACUUUGGAUCUUCAUCAAAAACAUGUCUUAUGAAACUGAGAAAUGGCUGAAUUCCUCUUCCAGUCAGUUUUAUUUUAGUAAGGUUUUGUGGAAUUUUCUUUUGUAUAUUAGAGCUGCUUUACUUAAUUCCAUGCUACAGCUGUCUUAGAAAUUGUUUUUAUUAUUAUGUAUCAUUUCAUAGAAUAGUCCAUUGUUCGACUUAUAUCAUGAACAGCAGAGUGGUUACUGAUGCAGCGUAUUAGGCAAAUUGAUAUAUAUAUAUGAAUGUUUUCUAUGAAAGGCGCCAUGGUAUCUAUUUUAUACUAUUCAAAAUUUUGAAGUUCAAUUGUAUUUGAAACAGUAUUAAUAUCCACCCUAUCAGUCUGCUAUUAACGCUUUAAUUUUUAUCUUGCAAUAUUUAAAAAUGAUAAAACCGGUAUAUCUGUUUCUGCAUUAUCUAACCAAUAUAUUAAACCUGUUACGAGAUGAGCUGUGAAACCUACAGACAAUGCUUAUGCUACCACAUAAUGCCUAAAAUUAGCAAUGUAUUACUUGCAUAUUUUUAACAAAGUGAAGCCAAGUGUGGCGUUACUAAUGCUAAAAUCUCACAAUAUAAUUCCAAACCUUUCACUGCACAUAAAACCCAAGGUGUUCUACCUUAAUUGAGCUAGCUGUACUUCCAUUUGUACUUUAUUGUAUUCUUUUACUCUCAUGUCUCAUACACAAUAUAUAGUAAACCUGACAA